AUGACCACCGCCACCGUUGCGACGUUCCACCCCUUCCCCCGUCUGCCAUCCGUGCUCCGGUCUCGUAUCUGGGAGCUGAGCGUCGAACCCCGCAUCGUCGAGGUGCGCGUGGUCCACCAUGACCCGAGGACCGUCAAGGUCACCGAUCCAGACUCGUGGACGGACGCAUGGAUGAAGAAACGUCUGCCACCAGUGCGCCACCUUCGUUCCCACACCCAGGCGCCGGCUCAACUGCACGCUUGCAGUGAAGCCCGUGAGCACCUGAGCAAGUACCCCAACGGUGGAUACCAAAAAGCCUUCUCCGAGAUCAUGACCACCGCUACCGACGGGUUCGACCCCGUGCCCGAGGACGACCCGCAGGGCGAGCGGAACCGCUAUGUCUGGUUCAACUUUGGCAUCGACGUGAUGUCGGUUGGGGCGACGGAUCUCCACGACUUUCGUGCUGUUGCUCACCAGGUCCGACGGCUGCGACUGGAGAGGGAGCUCUCUAGCGAGUAUUUCUCCUACACCGAGUCGAAAUUGUUCAGGAAGUUUCGCAACCUCGCCGAGGUUCAUCUGGUCUGUCUGGACGGUGUGCUGGCGGGUUAUGGGGUUACGAAUGACAUUUACUUUCCUUGCGGGCCUGAGAAUGUAUACUUUGUCGAUCCUGAAGAGAUGGGGGGCAAGGUGAUGAACAGCGUUGAUUUGGAUGCCAUGAUGGAUGGAGAGUGCGAGGAAUUUGACAGGACGGAGUGA